CAAAAAUGGCUGUCGAGAAACAGUUAUGAAGAUGUGUCGAUCUACUCACCUAAUUAAUGUGGCGCAUGAUCCAAAUUAACCAAGAGUCCUCUGAUCGAGCCGGGGGACAUUUCUGGAAGGAAGUGAUCAUGUGACGCAGCAUGUGCAGGAUUGUGAUCAUUGCCUGACUGCUUUAUGAAGCCGAGCUGUUUCCUGAGAUGUCGUAGACAGGAAAGGGUUACUUUCCAUGUUUCCUGUCCAAUUCCCCCAGCUCCAGCUCCUUUCGGAUCACUUUCUUCAUACUAAACAUUCCCAGGCUCCCAUAACCUCCUGGCUUCCUUACACUGGCCAAGAGAGAUCCCAGGUGAGUGGAGGGCUGUGGAAGGAGAAGAGGAGGAAGAAGAGGAUUGUGGGCCAUCUUGGGACAGCGAAACGGAAGAUUCUUUGGGAUCUUCAGUGACAGUGUGGCAGACAUGAAAACCCAAGAGCAUCGUUCCAGCCCUCUGAAAUCACACACACAAAGUGAUGCACGGCCCCACUCCCAAAUGAAGGGUCUUCAGUUUCGCAGCAUUGCCCCCAAAGCCCCAGCAGUGGUUCCAUCCUCUGCAGUUCUAUCCUGCCAACCUCCCUCAGCCCUUCCAGAAGCAUCCACGGCUGUCAGCCCCAAAUCCAUCCUUGUCCCUGCCCAGAACUAUGCACUCAUGCAGGUGGCUGGACAAGAGGGGACCUUCUCAUUGGUGGCCUUACCUCAGACACAACAGCAACAGCCAAUCCAGAAGAACCUUAAGCUGCCUAUUCCUAGAUACCAACCGGUGCGAAGCAAGAGUGCUCCAGAAAAAGGCAGUAGCAAGAUGCCGAGUCCAGCCAAGGUUUCUGCAACCAUACAAGCUCAAUCACCUGCUGUGAAAUCAGACCAGAGUUCAGACCCAGUAUCGGAGCAUCUUGUUUUAAUUGAUGCUCCUACUUCGUCUGAAAUCAACGUUGGGCCCUUGCUCCCAGGAUCACAGACAGAUCGAAAAGUGGAACAAAAAAGCGAUGCCGGUCCACUCAAAAACCAGCACUAUCCUUCUGGAAACUCCCUUGUUGCCCCUGUCAUGAAAAUCUCACCGGUUAAAACACAAAUAGAGGGUCAAGCCUCGGCUGGCAGUGCCAUCACAGUCCUGUCACCCACUAUCUUUAGCAAAGCUGUUCAGAUCAUUCCAUCUCCACCCAAGGGCAAGCUGCCCAUCCUGCCCUAUGCCAAGGUGAAGAACUCCCUCCUGGCACCAACCAGCCUUGCCAGCACCCCAUUCUCAGAGAAGCAGACUGGAGCCAAAAGCAGCCUGAAAAGCCCCCCAGACAACAAAAUCAAGUCCACAGACAGCAAAGUUAAAAGUGAAAGCCUAAGCCAAGACCACAACAACACCCAAAUCAAGAAACCUCCAGGCAAGAAACGGGGGAGGAAGAGAAAAACAAUGGAGGAUAUUCUAGCCUUCGAAGCCCGAAAGAAGAGAUCCUUGUCGUUUUUUAGAAGGAGGGUACCUGAGAAACCUCCAACUGGUGUGUCGAAUCCUGCCUCUCAAGAGAAGCUUCUUGACAUAUCCAAAAAGUAUCGGAGUAUUCGUCCCAAGCCGGUACUGGUAGUGGAAACCACAAUUCCACAACUUGUUCCGCUCCCUUCCUUGUCAACAUCGGAGAACCUUGAUCAGGAGCUCGUUUUAGGACAGCAGAUAUCAGGAAAACAAUCGAGUGCUCCACAGUCUUCGCAAGCUACUGAUCAGCAGCCUGUGGUAGAAUGUAAAGGUGGUGGAGGAGUGAUUUACACAGGAAGUCGUCCGCUGCAUCGAUGUCCUACCUGCAACAGGUGUUUCCAGUUCAAGCAUCACUUGCAGAGCCACAUGAACAGCCACAGUAACCUGCGGCCUUACGUCUGCCCGGUAUGCAGGAAGGCCUACGCUCACUCAGGCAGUCUUAGCACUCAUAUGAAGCUGCACCAUGCAGAAAGCAGGCCCCGGAAGAGCCUUUGCUGUGAAUUCUGUGAGAAGUCAUUUGGCUAUGUGGGUGUCUACUUCAGCCACUUGAGAGAGGUGCACCGGGUAAUACUUACUGUUGAACCGUCCAUCAGUCAACACGAAGAAAGCAUGUCUGUAGGAGAGUCUUCGGAAGCUGAUGAACAGGCCUCAGAACAACGUGUUGACCCAGUCGAGCUACAAAUUAAGUGUGGGCGCUGCCAGGCCAUCACCCCUACCUUUGCUGACAUGAAGCUGCAUUUGUUGUACGUGCAUGGAGAGGAGGUCCAGGUGCGAUUGAGGGAUGGGGCCAUGCGCGGGGGCCGUGAAGCAGAGGAUGAACUGGUCAAACAUGCAGCACAUUACUGGAGGCAGCUCAAUGAGAAACGCAACCUAGUGCACUGCGGCACCUGCGACGAGGAGUUCUUCUCCUUUUCCAAGUUCAAACGCCACCUCCAUUCUCACCAUCAAGAAGAUAGAGAGAGUCAAGAAGAGGAGGACGAAGAGGAGAUGAUAGGUAAGGGGGGCCAUGUAUUAAGGGGCCUCAGUAAAGGUAUAUCCCUGAGGGUGGGGUCGCACUUUAACUGCAUCCUUUGCAGUAAGGUGUUUAAUAAGAAACAGGACGUUAUUGAGCAUUGGAGGGCACAGCACAACUGUGAAAAUCCCACCCUUCUAUGGGAUGUCCUGGACUUCAAAGGGGAGAGCAAGCUUAUUGAUGGGCCAAAUUAACUGCAAAUGGGUAAUUUAUUAUUUGCUCCAUGUGUCAACUGUGUGGUUUAUGCAGGAUGCAGUGACGUUAAUGCAACAAAAAAAAAUCCACUAAUAGACUUUUUAUGCUGUUGUUUUGUUUUGCACUGUUUUUUAACAUCACAAAUGUUGUUUUGUAAUGCUUGAAUUUUGUAAUGUUUUAUGUUUGGUCUUUUUCUUUAACGUGCAUAAAAGCAGAAGAAAAUAAUCUAUAAAAUUCACAAAUCAUAAAUUCAGCCGUAAAUAUAACCAUGGCCCAGGUGCAGAUGUAAUAUUACUGCCAGCAAAUAGAAAAACCUGAUGAUAAUGAUCAUUUUUAAGGUUUGUGGACACAGUGUGUUAGUAACUGCUUCAUUUGAGUGAAUCAGGUGAAACAGACUAACAAAGGCUCAUCAAAAACACAUUGCCACUCAGACAAAUUGAAAAUUUGCUAUAGUCUGAAUACAAAUGGGGAAUGAUUAGCGUGCUUGAAAUAACAUGUCAAAGAACAUUCAAAGUAACACAAAUUAUCAGUGACAUUCCACAAACACAUAUACAUAAUCACACAGUUUCAGUCCUCAUUCCACAGCUAAAAUAAAUACUGCCAAAAAAACCUCUGCUGACUCUUCAGUCUAAGACAAGCAGGUCCACUAGUAAGGAUUUAAAAUAUCAUUAAGAAAAUAAUAAACUCAGUU